CGUCAGGGGAGCUGGAGGCACCGUCAGGGGAGCUGGAGGCACCGUCGGGGGAGCUGGAGGCACCAACGGGGGAGCUGGAGGCACCACCGGAGGAACCGGAGGCACCAACGGGGGAGCUGGAGGCACCACCUGGGGAACCGGAGGCAACAUGGGUGGCAUCAGUCGUGGAGCUGGAGAAGCAGUGCUCUUUGAUGCCUCGAUGGUCAGAACAGACUUGGUACCAAGCAGACAGAGAAGCUCAGCAGGGGUCAGCUGUUCAUCACAGGAAGAGACUCCACUCAUUCCUGCUGCCAUGACAACACAAGAUUCAAAAGGCAAAUCUAAGCAUGUGAAGGCCCAACCACUGCUGCCGUCCUCUUCAAAGAGAGAGAAGGUUUUCUCCUGCCCCAUGUGUUCUCUGGUGUGCAGCAGUUCCUUCAUCCUGCAGGAACACGUGGAGCUGCAUCUGCAGGAGCAACACUCAGAUGAAGGCUGGACUCCGGACUCCUGCUCCGCCCCUGUGACAUCACACCCAGCCAGCUCGCCCUCAGGAGGGCGGAGGUUGGAGUGCCCCCUGUGCUCCGCCGUAUUCAGCCACAGCUUCUCUCUGCAGGAACAUGUGGAGCUGCAUCUGGACCCGGGCUCAGCUGGGAACUGUACAGGGAGCCUGGACGGGGACCUGCAGCUGGCCACGCGGCUGCAGCAGCAGGAGGAGAGCAGGAGGCAGGAGCAGGCCCGGCAGGAGGACGAGCAGAGCAGGAGUCUGGCCACCCGGCUGCAGCAGGAGGAGGAGGCCCGGCAGGAGAGGGAGGACUUCCACAAGCUGCAGAGGCAGUUUGGGCUGGACGGGUCGGGGGGCUACCGGCAGCAGAUGGAGAGGACCAUGGAGAGGGCGGUGGCCCGGGGCGUGCUGCCCCCGGCACACUUCCACCUCCACAAGGCCAAUAUGAUGGAGAGUCUGGCCUCGGGGGUGGAUGACGGAGCGACUAGAACUCAGGGUGUGAUCCCAGCGUUACGGGAGUACUACCAGAGCCAGGCCCUGGACUGCGUGCACGUGUGGCUGGCUGCAGACACGGACCACUACAGCUCCUCUGGGGGAGACAAAGGCUGGGGGUGUGGAUACAGAAACUUCCAGAUGCUGCUGUCUUCCCUCAGCAAUAUAGACCCCUACUCCACACACCUGCAAGGUAGGGCGGUGCCCUGCAUCCCUCAGCUGCAGACCAUGAUAGAGGAGGCCUGGAAGGAGGGGCUGGAUCCACAAGGCGCCUCCCACUUCAACCAGCAGCUGCAGGGCACGCGGGCUUGGAUCGGAGCCACGGAGAUCUACGUCCUCCUCACCUCCCUGGGAAUCAGUGCUCGCAUCAUGGACUUCCACAAGCCGACCGGUCCUGCUGGUACCCACCCCCUCCUCUUUGACUGGGUCAGGGAAUAUUUCAGUCAGUCCAACAGGAGCAGUAGACUCCCCCCCCGCUUCAUCCAGACCUGUCUGCCCCCCCUCUACCUCCAGCACCAAGGUCACAGCCGGUCCGUGGUGGGGUUGGAGCAGAGGAAGAACGGUGUCCUGUGUCUGCUGCUGUUUGAUCCGGGGUGUCCUCCGUCACACAGCAGCAAGCUGCUGAGCAGGAGCACGGUGGGCGGAGCCCUGCGGCGGCUGCGGAUCUUCCCCCGGAGUCUGAAGCACCAGCAGUACCAGCUGGUGGCGGUAGAGAGCACAGUGCUGUCUGCAGAGGAGAAGCAGGUGAUCUAUGUGGCCAGAAAUCCCAAAGACGUUCUAGUGUCCUACUACCACUUCCAUAAAGUUGCCAACAUGCUGGAAACCCCGAAGAGCUUUGAUGACUUCUUUGAGAAGUUUCUUAGAGGAGAAGUAUUUGGAUGCAGCUGGUUUGAGCACAUUAAGAACUGGUACUCGCACAAGGAUGAGAUGAACAUGCUGGUCAUUAUGUAUGAAGAAAUGAUCCAGGACCUGCGCUCAGCCAUAAAGAGGAUCUCCAUGUUCCUGGGAAAAGAGCUGACUGAAGAGCAGUUGGCCAGCAUGGUGAAGCACAGCACCUUCAGCACCAUGAGGAAGAACCCUCAGGCCAACUAUGAGCAGGUCUCUGGAGAGUUGCUCAGCCACCACCUGGGACGCUUCAUGAGGAAAGGCACCGUUGGCGACUGGAAGAACCACUUCAGCGUGGCUCAGAACCAGCGCUUCGACCAACUCUUUCAGAGGGAAAUGAAGGAGUUCCCGCUCUCGUUCAUCUGGGACAUGAAGGACCUGCAGUGAUGCCUCACUGUCAUUACAACCACGCACAGGAGCACAUUAUCAGGCUAUAGCAGGGGUCGGCAACCCAAAAUGUUGAAAUAUUGGACCGAAAACACAAAAAACAAAUAUGUUUGGAGCCACAAAAAAAUGAAAAGUCUUGUAUAAGUCUUAGAAUGAAGAAACACAUGCUGCAUGUUUCUAUAUUAGUUAUAACUGGGGGAAGAUUUUGUUUUCAUUAUGCAUGAGAAAAAAGUCUAAAUGUCGAGAAAAAGUGAAAAUGUUGAGAAAAAAGUCAAAAUGUCGAGAAAAAAGUCGAAAUGUUGAGAAAAAAGUCGAAAUGUUGAGAAAAAAGUCAUAAUGUCGAGAAAAAAGUCGAAAUGUUGAGAAAAAAGUCAUAAUGUCGAGAAAAAAGUCAAAAUGUCGAGAAAAAAGUCGAAAUG